UCUUGAAUGACCGGACAGUAGAUGUGAAAGAGGAUUUCACUUUUGGAAUCAACUUAGAAAAUGCUGCCCAUCCCUGCCUGAGCUCCCUGUGUGCAAAUGGAGGCAGCUGUGUUCCCAAAAAGGACACCUACAAAUGUGAUUGCCCUCUAGGCUUUGAUGGGCAGCACUGCCAAAAAGAGUGUGGAAAUUACUGCCUAAACAGCAUUACAGAAGCAAUUGAAAUACCACAGUUUAUUGGUCGCAGUUACCUCACGUAUGAUAAUCCAGAUAUCCUGAAAAGGGUAUCAGGAUCAAGAACAAAUGUCUUUAUGAGGUUUAAAACCACAAUGAAGGAAGGUCUUUUGAUGUGGAGGGGAGACAGUCCCAUGCGACCUAAUAGUGAUUUCAUUUCUCUAGGCCUUCAAGAAGGAGCAUUAAUAUUCAGCUAUAAUUUGGGCAGUAGAAUUGCAGCCAUAACAGUGAAUGGCUCUUUCAGCGAUGGCCGGUGGCACAGAGUCAAGGCUGUUCGAGAUGGCCAGUCUGGCAAAGUAACAGUGGAUGAUUAUGGUGCCAGGACUGGCAAAUCCCCUGGGAAGAUGAGGCAGUUGAACAUCAACGGGGUUCUCUAUAUAGGUGGGAUGAAGGAGAUCACGCUGCACACCAACAGGCAGUACCUGCGGGGCCUUGUGGGAUGCAUCUCCCACCUCACACUCUCCAUGGAUUAUCACAGCUCGCUCGUGGAGGAUGCAGCUGAUGGGAAGAAUAUCAACAUGUGUGGGACCAAGUGA